AUGGCGCUCUCACCUAUGCAAUUCGCGCUCAUACAAGCCGCCGUGAUCGGCUCCCUAUCCAACAUCAUAGCCCAGGUCAUUGUCGCUCAGAGAGAUAACAAACCAAUCACAAUCAACCUCCUCUCCCUCUUCCAAUACGUCCUCUUCGGCCUGGUCAACACCCCCCCCAACAUCCUCUGGCAGGAAUACCUCGAGUCCACCUUCCCUUCUUACCACCCUUCCCCCACCCCGGAAGCCAUCGCCUCCGCGUCAAAGGGUUCAGAAGCAGAACUCGACGCCGAGGAGAAGGAAGGGAAACUUGUCGAGCCAAAGCUGAACAGGCGGAACACCGCUAUUAAGACCUUGCUGGAUCAGACAGUCGGCGCGGCGGUGAACACGUUUUUGUACUCGAUGUUUAUGAACGGGAUUCAAAUGGGCAUGGCACAUCACGAACUAGAGGCACAGACGAGCCUGGGGUUUCUGUUUGGGGAAAAGGGCGUGGUGAGGGCUCAAGAUGUGAACUGGGGGGUUGUGUGGGAGAGGACAAGGGGGGAGUUUUGGGGGAUUGUCAAGGCGGGGUGGAAGUUUUGGCCGGUGAUCAGUUUGGUGAACUUUACGUUUUUGAAGAGCGUGGAGAUGAGGAAUUUGGUUGGGGGGUUGGCAGGGGUUGGAUGGGGGGUUUAUGUUAAUUUGUUUGCUGGGAAUUGA